AUGAAUAGUCGUACGUGGAAUAAUAAUUAUUUUCAAUCACAUCCAGUUGAUAAGUCAUCAGUAUUUUAUACAAUGGGACGUAUUCCAUCUGGUUAUGUUAUUCAAAAUUCACAAGAUAAUCAAAUUUCACAGCGAAAUGAAUUCAUACCUAAUAGGCAAACAUUGUCACCGGUUAAACAGUCUCGUUCACGAUCAUCAACGGCCAUUAUUAGAAAUCAGAGUUUAAAUACAUCAUAUCCAUCUCACGAUGAUAUUGAUUCACUACAAUCUGAUCAAUUAAUUGAAGAACGUGAAAAAAAUAUGCGUAAACAAUUUUAUCAUGCUAGUCGUGGUACGAAUCAAUGGCAACCAAUUAUUUCUUAUCCAUAUUUAGUAACAACAAAUAAUCUCUAUCAAUUUCCAAAUAAUAAUAAUAAUAAUAAUAAUAAUAUAAAUGGUAGUACUAAUUUAAAUAAUCUUAAUAAUUAUUUGCCUUAUUAUGAUCAAAUACAUCAAAAAUCAAAUCAACAACUUCAUACACAAGAACAACCGAAUACUUGGCCAACAAAUACAAAUGGCAAUAACGUCGAUAUUCCUCCACCAUUUUAUCAUAAUAACUCUAUAUCAACAACUGAUUCAACUUUUAAUGAACAAUAUCCCUAUUCUCAUUCAACUAAUACAGCACGAAAAACACCGACAAGAAGUCAUACACCGUCGAAUCCUAUGCUUAUACCGUCAGGAACAAAUCUCAAUCAUUUACAAGUACCAAUUGUACCUCGAAGAGAUAAUUUGUCUCCAUUGUCAUUUACAUCGCCAAGUCCUUCUCCUGCCCUACUCACAUCAUCAUUUCCAGAUAAUGCAGCAACCACAAUCGAAACAACAAUCGACAAUUCUUUUAUUGAUAAUUUAAAUUAUACAAUAGAUGAUCUUAUUCAAAAACUUACUCCAACAGAUAAUUAUAUUCCAGAAAAUCAAAGUGUACGAACAUUGCAUAAUCUUUUAUUUAUACUCUCACAAUGGACUCGUACAUUUCCCUAUGAUUAUCGAAAUACGGAAAUGAGAUUACAAUUAGAAGAUUUAUUACGAAAAAUUAGUGAUUAUGAAAAUAGUUUACAGUCGGAUACAAAUUAUAUUUAUAAAAAACUUUCUUCAAAAUUAAAAGCUCUUGCACAAUACGAAGAUUAUAUUCGUCAAUUGAAUCAAAAAGCGGCAAAUAAUUUGAAUGAAAAUGCUUUAUUGACUGAUAUUAUGAAUGAAUGUCCACAACCAAUAUUAUUUGCUCAACAAAUAACACAUAUUGAAUUGGACAGACUGAAACCAAUUGGUGCCGAAGAAUUAUUACAAUAUUUUAUUAUGAAAAUAGCUAAUGAAGAAGCAAAUGUACAUCCAACAAAAAAAUUAUCAUUAGAUAAUGAGACAGAGUCUAAUGCAUCUGUACAUGAUAAAAAGCAGACAUUUUGUUUAGAAGCUUAUAUACAAUGGUUUAAUCGUUUAAGUUUUUUUGUUACAACAGAAAUUGUUAAACAUUUAAGAAAACGAUCACGUAUUAGAGUUAUAAAUUAUUUUAUUGAUGCUGCUUAUGAAUGUUUUCGAUUACAUAAUUUUAAUUCAAUGAUUGGUAUACUUGGUGGUUUAAAUAUGCAACCAGUAAGACGUUUAAAACGAACGUGGGAAAAAGUACAACAAGAAAAAUUUAAAAAACUUGAACAAUAUAUGGAUGUUUCAAAAAAUUUUUUGUCAUAUCGUAUUGUACUUAAAGCAGCUAUUAAAGAGGCGGAUAAACAUAAUUGGGCUGCCGAUAAAAUUGUUAUUCCAUUUACAAGUAUUGUAUUACAAGAUGUUUAUUAUAUUAAAACACAUAGUAAAGAUUAUACAAGUGCCGGUGGUAUUAAUUUGAAAAAAUAUUAUAUGAUGGCUAAAUUUGUAUCAGAAGAAUUUGUACGUUGUAAAGCGAGUAAAUGUUCAUUUGAUCGAAACGAUGUUAUCAUUAAUUAUAUAAUAACUAGUCCAAUAUUUAAUGAAGAUUCACUUAUGUUAGCAUCAUUUGAAUGUGAACAAGCUGAAACACCAAAUGAACGUAAUAAACUUCGAACAUUAAAAGUAGCGAUGAAUAUGCAAUAA